UUCUACUCAACACUCUUUGGUUAGAAAAAUUUUAACUAACAAUAAAGUAAUCUGGACAUUUUGUAAAUUUCAACUUAAAGUUUUUCAAGGUGUUUUAGUUGCUUCAAGUAAUAUGAGAAACCAGAGUAAAUAGGGCGUAAUCAAAAUUAUUUCAGAAGUUUUGUUUCAUAGUCCUAAUAUGUCUGAGAAUAGAGAAGAGAUCUUAGCUGAUUUCCAGGCCUGCACUGGAAUCGAUGAUAUCGGCGAGGCAUUUUCGCAUCUCGAUGAAGCAAAAUGGGAUUUGCUGGCGGCAAUAAACAGAGUAAUGCCUCAAGAUUCGCAACAACUUCCAUCCGAAUCGUCCGGCCUGGACAUAGAGAUGAUAGAAGAGAUAAGACGACCACAAAACAUACCCAAUGGACAGAAAAGUGUCGUCAUCAGCCCUGAUUUUAUUGAGGCCUCGACCAGCCAUGGACGACUCUCAACUCGGAGGCUCAACUUCCAGAUAAACUACAAUGACAGAGUAAUUGAACUGGUACUCCCCGAAACCGCCACUAUCAGAGAUCUGAAGACUAUGAUAUUCAGCAAAUUGGGCGUGCCUGUUUGUCAUCAAACUCUAACAGGGUGGGAGCACAAUCCAACCAGUGACUACGCAACUUUGAGCCUAAUAAAACUGCCAAGGGAAAACAUCCUGUUUCUGACUAACCUCGACUCUGACAAUAACGGAAUGGACUUUGAAAGUGAGGAAAAUCUUACAAAAACAUUUACAUUGAAUGUGUUUGAUGAAAUGAAAAGCAAAGAUUACAGUCUGAAGUACCCUGGAACUAAAACUAUAGAGGAAGUUAAAGCAGAUAUUUAUAGUCUGACAGACAUCCCAGUUAGACACCAGGUGUGGACAGGUUGGCCGUCGACUCUCAAAGACGACACUACAACUCUAGCAGCGGCCGGACUGCAGCUGCCUAAUCACAGUCUCAGUGUGAAGAAGAACCCUGCCAAGGAGUAUAAACGAAUUGUUGUCGACCUAGCGGACAGUGAUAGUUCUGUGGAAGAGUUUGAGGACGCCUCGUGUUCUGCCUCGUGGACUGGUGAAGAUGAAAUGUUUGUUGAAGAUAUCGGAUCAAGAAAAGUGCAACCUUUGAUUCCAGACAAUGUCGAAGAUGAAACUGCUGGUUGUAUUCAUUUCACCGAUGAAUUUACUAACAGAUAUGGAGCUAUGCAUCCCGAUUUCUUUCCUGGAACUCUGGAAGAUGCUAUUAAAGAAGCAUGUCAAAAACCUGCAAGAGAGAGGAGGUUAUUGGCUGUUUAUCUCCAUCAUGACGCCAGUGUGUUGACUAACGUGUUCUGCACUCAACUGUUGUGUUAUGAGUCAGUUCUGCAACUCCUAGCGACCAACUUUGUCGUCUGGGGGUGGGAUCUCACAUUUGAAUCUAACAAGCAAAAGUUUCUUGCGUCCCUCACUCGCACACUGGGGCCCAUGGCGGCCGUUACUGUUCGCAACAUAGAGGUGGAAAGGUUGCCAGCACUGUUGCUCAUCAUGAGAAUGAGGUCUGCUACGGAAAUAUUUUCAGCUGUUCACGGCAAUGUCGGCGUUAAUGAACUACUUACUAGCCUCAUUCAGGCAGUUGAUGUUUUCUCUGAGCAGCAGAAACAAGAAGUAAAAGAAGAAGAUGAAAGAAUGGCCAGAGAAAUGAUUAAAAUCGAACAGGACAACGCUUAUCAAGCUUCUCUAGAAAUAGACAGAGCAAAAGAGGAAGCAAAGAAACAACAGGAGAUGCUUGAAACUCGAGAAAAACAGAGAAUUGAAUCAGAAAAACAAGAAGAAGAAGCCAAAAAACAGGCUGAAAGAGCUGCCUUAGAAUCAGAACUUCCUGACGAACCUAGUGAGGACUCAACCGAAAACAUCACAAAAAUACGUUUCAGAUUACCUAAAGGAGAUUUCUUAGAGAGAAGAUUUUUAGCUUCAAGCAAACUACAGGUUUUGUUGAACUACUUGGUGGUCCAAGGUUUUCAUACAAAAGAUUACAAAGUGAUCUCAAGUUGGCCUAGAAGAGAUUUAACAUCGGUAAGCGGAGAUGCCACUUUGCAGCAACUCAAUCUUUGUCCUCAAGAGACUCUUAUCUUGGAAGAACGGUAAAACCAAGGCGACAGCACUGAACCAAGGGAUUCACAAUGGCUGUGUUAUGUUUACUAAACAACUUCUAAAUCAGUGUUAAAUAUUUAUUUUGAUGUCUUUGAUCAUUGGAACAAUACCUUAGCUUUAAUUUCUCGGAUGGAACUUUGUGUUUAUUUCUAUGAGAGAUCACCGGAAUUCACACAUUAGUGAUUGUGUAAUAUAGGACUAAACUGCUUCGUCUCGUUUACCUUUUAUACUAAGGAAAUACUAAGAUGUCUCUAUGUACAUAUUAAAUAUUUACAAAUAAAAUUUUCAUUAUUCUA